UCAAAAAAUCAUUUUUCUAAUUAAAUGUCCAAAAUUUGUGAAAGGCCUUUCUCCAAUUCUCACCGUCCAAUGCCUAGAACUUUUCGACACCAACCACAAAUAAAAAGUAAUCGAAGUGUUAUUGGAGGGGGAGGAAAUGUUGACAGACAAUUUUUGCUUCCACAUUUUUCUGCAGCAAUGGCUGAGGGUGUUCCAAAUCCAAUAGAUGAACGUUGGGUGGAUGAAAAUACAACGGUCGUAACUGGUGCUACCAGUGAACAUUCCUUUAAUGACAAUAUAGAAUCUCAACCACACUUUCCUCCUCCAGCAGGAAAUUCAAUAAUUCGAUUAGUUUGGCGACGUUUUUCUUGGAUUUGUUGGUUAUUCUCUACUUUUUCGAUUUCAUUUAUGGCAUUAAUUUCUGCCCCUUUAAUGAUUGCUUUGCCUUUUGCUGUUGAACGAAUUGGUUUAGUUGAAGAAAUUAUUCAUUUAAAUAAUAUUGGGUGUGAAAUUGAGUGUCAGGGUCAACUACUUAAUUUGAGUGGAAAGACGGUUCUUUUGUUUCUGGCCCUUUAUGUUCUCUUUUGGCGUCGUUCUACUGCAGAUUUGCCUCGUUUACAUUUACACAGAGCUGCUUUUGCUCUUUUUGUAUUUUUUGUACUUUUUGCAUUUUGGUUAUUUUAUACUGCUCGGAUUCUUUUGGAAAGAAAUAUUCAAUUAAUCUACUUAAUUUCUUUUGCAAUCUCUUUACUCGACAUUCUUUUAUUUAUUCAUUGCAUUUGGAUUUUCUUUGAGCUUCGACAAAUUCGACCUGUUUAUUGUAUUCAUUUUGUUCGAGAUCCGGACGGUGAAUGGCAUUCUCAUGAGAUUGGCCAAAUGUGUAUUCAAGAAGCGGCUGUCCAAGUUCUUUUACUUUACCGAGUUCACUUUCCAGUCUACAAUUCUGUUUUGGAACAUACUCGGCGUUCAAAUACUUUUGGUGGUCGUUUUCGUUCAGCUAUGGGUAGACCAGGAUUUAAACUUUAUGAUAUUGAUGGACAAGGAGACCAAACAACGGCACUUUCUGAAAUGAAUGCAAGAAUUUUAAUGCAGGCUGCCUCCCAACGUCGUAUGGCUGCUCAUAAUGAAUUAUUUCAUGAAGAAUGUGAUUGGGAAAGACGUUUCAAAAAGAGAAAAUGUCGUUUAAUUAGUUGUACCGAGGAAAUUUUUGCCCAAGUUCAAUCUUCUGAAUUUGAAAAUGACAUGAAAAUAGGGACAGCUGGAAAUCAAAUUGUAGAACCAAUGGAUCCACAAGUAGCUGCAAAAGCUGUCCUCUCCUCUAUAGCAAAACAAUUGAAUCGAUUUUUGCGUUAUACGCGCCAGGAACGUUUUCACACACAAUCUUCAGUGUUUGCCCACGUACAACGUUGUUUGGCUUUUGGUUUCUCGGCUCGUACAUUUCUUCAACGAUUUUUCUCUAAUGCUAUGCCUUUCCAGGAAGACUUACCAGAAUCAAAAUGGUCAUUAAUUUGUGGAAAUAAUAUUAGAGCUUCAAAUUCUAUCCAUCAUGGUUUAACUUUUGUUUUGCGUUGUCACAAUGAUGACAGUUUUGAUAGAGGAGUACAAUUAUUAUGUUCAGUUUCUGCCCUUCCUUUUGUUAAUUUAACAGAACAAUCAUCUCCUUUAAAUUCUUUUCGUUUAAAAAUUGUUACAGGAAAUCCAUCAGCUGUUGAAUUGGGGGUUUAA